AUGCAGCCAGCAUCUUACCACCCUCUUCUACCCUCUGACCUACCAGUAGAUCCGAUUGCGGGCAUUCCUUACUAUCGACGGCCUGACACUUACACUCCCCACCUUGCUAUUCCUACAGCACCUUCAGCGAUGAGAUCUCCAACUCCUGCACAGGCAGCUGGUAGUAUGCUCGGGGCAAAGGCCCGAGCAGCAGAGUACAACGCCGCCAAGGCAGCUUCCGCCAGACAACAAGCACGUAAAGACGCAGAGGAACAGGAAAUACCCAAGCCAGCUCCAGUUCCUCUUGGGGCUUUCGGUCGAAUAACAUCAGCCAACCGGAACAAAGGUGUCAAGACUUUCAAACCACUAGUUUUGUCGGAGCCAGCAGAACAAGAAAACACAAGCAAAACUGAAGCAGACCUGGAGAACAAGUCAUCUUCACCACGACCCAAUUCUGUCGAUCCUCCUCGAUCAGCAACUGUUCCACCACAAUCUAAUUUUACCACUCAGGCCGAGAUAGUCAGGAAUGUGCAGACACCAUAUCGUUACCGAGAAUUUCCUACUGCUCCAAUCAUUCCUUUUGCUCCAAGAGCUAUGUUGCACGACGACGGUUAUGGGUGCCCGUCUCAUCAUGAUAUGAUGCCAAUGCUUUCUCAGCUGCAGGGCUACCAUACGGUUUACCCGCAGCAUCACGUAUCAGCAACACCACCCCUCUUUCGCGAUCUGGAAUGGUAUAACCGCUUAGAACAUUCGUACUACUCGGAGUCGUCUCAGGAUUCAGGCUUACCGUCCACGACGGCCCAGGCCCCGUUGUUCAAGCCGACUUUGAAACGACAAAACUCAGAUAAGGCGGUAGUCGAACAAAAACAGUUAGGAGGUAGACCUUCCACCCCAUCUCCUCUGGGGCAACAAGGUACUACUGAGCUCGGUGGGCCGACAUUUCAUGUUUUUGGUCCGGACGACCUGAGCCCGGCAAAGUGCGAGGUUAAGGAGAGCGACCGUGCAAGACUAUUCGAGGAACACCCAGAGUUGUUCCUUGCUGCUACUAUCAUGCAUCCUGUCAGUACGCCUGCACCAGACGUGACCAUCGAGGACCGAUUCCAGCCUCGGACCUUGUCGAUGCACAAACCAUCUGCCAAUAUAGAAGAUCUGAUAAUGGAGAGGAAUUCGAUCGGUCAAGCCAGAUCGCAAAUCUAUGUGUCAAGAGACACACAUCAGCCUCGAGUAGACAGUAUGACCGGUCGGAUGGCUGCAAGUGUGAACGGCAGGACCGAAGCUGAUUGGCCAUAUCUCGGCCAGGCUGCUAUUCAUCGAAACAGAAUGACAGAGACAUGUAGGUUGCCAAUGAGGACAGAAAGACAGUCCAGAACAAGGUCGAGUACUGCGUCGUCAUUCGAGGAGAAACGGCCAGAGCUUGGCCUAGAGGCUAGGGCAGCACCACCUGGGUUGCUUCAAGCCGAAGCCCAGAAUUUUCGGCUGCCUGAAACUGAAGCUGAACAGGUAACAGACAUCAAGUUCCCUUUGGUUGAUUUGCAAAGUCCUAUGUGGCCGGAGAUUCGAAUGCCAAACGAAGAAGAACGACACAGAUUGAGACGAGUAAUUGCGUCGGUACAGACUUUGUCAAUCUCGGACAAGUACAACGGUGGAUGGGAGGAUAAGAGAGGAGUCGAGUCUGAGGAGCUGGGGAAGUGGCUAGCAACAAGCAAGAAGGAGUACGAGCAGAGGACACUCAAGACUGAGGAAGUAGCAUCGGAAAUGCAAAUCAAAUGGGAACAUGGAGGUUCGUUUCGAUCAGCAACCAUGAGCAAAUCAGAGGCAAAACGGCACGCUACAACUGUUAGAGCCGUUGGCAGCAUAAUGAGCACAUUGGCCAUGCAGACUGAAGAUGACUCCGGGCUCUUCCAUCGCGGCUCGCGACCAUACCGUAAUCCACCAGAGUAUGCGAUUGACAAGAGUGCCGCUUCAGAAAAGGACGGUGAGUCGAACAGCCUAUUUGAGCCAGCUGGACGUGGCGACAGAGCACCACCUCAAAGACUUGCCGAAGAUUCGAAAUAUCGACCUCAACUGGGUGAAGCCAUUAAGUUUGACGAAGGGAGAAUUCCAAGGAUGUUUGCCGGUAGAAGGACCUGA